AUGGCCAGUUUUUUUCGUCGAAGGCGUGGUCUGUUAUUUAAAGCUGUGAUUGCUGUUCCGUUGCUAUGGAUAGUUGUAGUUGUUGUGUUUAGUACGAGCGGCAAAUUAAACUCAGAUCAACCACAUUGGCAACAAGUGGAAAUCGAGAAACGUGAAGAAGCACCCCUUCAUGCACCUCCUGAAUCGCGGAGACAUCACGAAAAUAUACACAAUGAACCUCAACGUGACAACGAGAAAAUUCACAAAAAUGACGUUGAAAAUAACGAGGAUAAAAAAAAAGAAAAAGACCAUAAGUUAAAAUUCAGGUCACAUGAGCAAAAGGAGGAGGAGCCAGCGUAUGAUCCCAAUGCUCCUG